AUGACCCCGUUUUCACUGCGCGCAAACACUGCGCGCGUGUGUGCCGCGUAUCUACACGGCGCAGUGCAUGUGUGCGACACAUGUGCUUGUGUUAUGUCACACGAGAUGGAGCGUGCGUUUCGCGAUGCGUGCGCCUGCGUCGCUACGGAGCGCUCCGUUAACCAGACGUGGAUGCAGGCUUUAUAUUCAGACAUUGCCGUUCGACGAACCCUAGGACGCGCCGCCCGCCCUUGCCUUCCUACAGACGCGCUCUCCGCCAGGCCCGCCCAAACCUCGGCAGGGUUCCGCGAAGGCUGGCGCUGCAGGUUACGUGAGAGUAAGUUCCAGUGGCUAGCAUGCGCGCUGGACGUGAAAUCAUCAUCUUCUUCUACUAACAAGGAUUACACACUCUUUGCUAUUUUUAAUAGCCGUAAUAUUCCACCAGCCAGUAAUUCUCACCGUUCAAACAAAAAAAAGAUCAAUUAUUCUAAAUUCAAAUCGAACAGGGUCGGUAAGGUGUCGAGAAUACGAGCGCGCGUAAUAGAACGUCGGCGAAGCGUGGGAAUGCAGUUGCAAGGACGCGAUGCACCGGCGCUGGCUAAAUAG